UUUGCUUCGUUGGUAUUUCUCUAACAAGAAAAGUGAUAUCCGUUUUCUCUUCUCAGCCAGGUCGUUGAGAUGCACCUAAACCCCUUAUUGCUGAGUUCGAAUUCGCUGCUUGUUCAUAGUUUCUUUCUUUGAUUAGUUAUCUUCAAAUACAAAAGACGGAUUGAGGGAAGUCCUCGUUGUAUUUAUUCUCCUCUAGAUCACAGGGAAGAUUAAAUCAAUGGAGUUGGACUUAACACCGAAGACGGCAGAAGCAUUGUUUGAGGGAGAUGGUGGAGGUUACUACACUUGGUCAAGUUCUCAAGUGCCACUCCUGGCUAAGAAUAAUGUUGGUGCAGGUCGCCUUGUGCUUCAGCCUCGUGGCUUUGCCCUUCCUCAUUAUGCAGAUUCAUCCAAAAUUGGUUAUGUCAUUCAAGGGACUGAUGGCGUAGUUGGGAUGGUACUCCCCAACACUAAAGAAGAGGUGGUUUUGAAGCUUAAGAAGGGAGAUGUUAUACCAGUGCCUAUUGGAGCUGUCUCGUGGUGGUUCAACGAUGGAGACUCUGAUCUCAUCAUUGCUUUUCUUGGAGAAACUUCAAAGGCUCUUGUUCCUGGCCAAUUCACCUAUUUCUUUCUAACUGGGGCUCUAGGACUUGUAGGAGGCUUCUCUAAUGAGCUCACAAGCAAAGUAUAUGGUUUGGACAAUGAUGAGGUGGAAAAGCUCACAAAAAGCCAAACUGGGGUUUUGAUCAUCAAACUAGACAAAAGUCAACCCAUGCCUAAGCCACAAAUGAACAUGACCAAAAAGCUAGUCUAUAAUAUAGAUGCUGCACGCCCAGAAAAUGUUGUGGAAAAUGCUGGAUUAGUCAAAACCUUAACGGAGAAAGAUUUUCCUUUUAUUGGGGAUGUUGGGUUAAGUGUGAUUAGAGUGAAACUUGAACCGGGUGCUAUUAGGGCACCCUCAUACCCAACCAACCCUACGGUUCAGUUGAUUUACAUUGCCAGAGGAAGUGGCAAGAUUGAAAUUGUGGACUUUAGUGGAAAGAGUGUAUUAAACACUCAAGUUGAGGCUGGUCAUUUGCUUGUCGUGCCACAAUUCUUUGUGGUUGCUGAAAUUGCGGGUGAAGAAGGAAUUGAGAGUUACUCCAUCGUAAUAACUACAAAGCCAUUGUUUGAAGAAUUGGCUGGAAGGGGAUCAAUUUGGAACGCCUUUUCGCCUACACUGCAACAAGUGUCUCUUAACGUGGAUUCUGAUUUUCAAAAGUUUUUCAUAUCCAAGAUCAAGGAAUCUACCAAUCUCAUCCCUCCUACUGUUUAGUUCGAUGCGUGUGAUGUACGUACUACCGUAUUUGUCUAUGUAUAAUUUUCAGAUGAUGAUGAUAUCGAUUUAAGAAAAUUCUAAACUUUUAUCUUUCUAAAAGUUAUGCCGUUGUAUUGCUUUUGUUUUAAAGAAAAUAUUUUCGUCAGAAUACUUCUUUAAGUUUUAUAUAUCGAGCAAUAAAUGAAUGGAAGGAUAUGAAUGUGUUGACCCAAUAACUAA